GUGCCUAGCACGAUAUCCCCUCUGUUGCUGGAGCGUCAAAAAAGUGAUGGAGGCUGCAGCCCCUCUCUUCCGACUGCUUUUUUGACCCUUACUCUCCAGCCCAAAAGUAAAGCGCACACUCCCAUCUUCUCAGCCUCCACUGUUCCACCCAACCUCCAUUAAUGGCGGAAACGUCGAAGAAACAAGAAGAGAAGGCCGAAGAGCCCCUUCUGCCCCAAGAACCCAGCAAACGACCCUCCCUCUCAACCCCGACCAAACCCAGUCCCCCCGCCAGAGCCUUCGCCUUCUGGGCUUACUUCACCAUCUCCGUCUCCCUCCUCACCUUCCUCCUCGCCUCACUCCCUUCCCUCCGCCCCCCGGACCACCGUUCCUGGUUCCUCAGCCUCCCCGACGAUCUCCGCCACCAUUAUUCCCAGGGCAAGCUCAUCAAGGUCCACACGAACCCUAGCCGCCCCCCCAUCCAAGUCUUCGCCGUGGAACACGGCCCUAGGGACGGGGAAGUUGUGGUUUUGAUCCAUGGGUUGGGCUGCAGCUCCUUCUCUUUCCGCCAUGUCCUCCGGUUGCUCGGCUCCAGCGGUCUCCAUGCCGUCGCCAUCGAUCUACCGGGCUCAGGCUUUUCGGAUAAGCGGGAUUUGAGGGAGGAAGGGAGAUGGGGAGGGAUUUUUGGUCGGAUUGGGGAUGUUUAUAGUGAAAUCAGAGAGAAAGGUUUAUUUUGGGGAUUCGAUCAGCUCGUUGAGACAGGGCAGGUCUCUUAUGAGGAGAUUGUUAGUAGGGAUUCUAUGAGAUAUGGUGCUGAGAGCUCCGGAUAUGGGUCAGCGGAGAUGGGACGAGUGAUAGGGCAGGUCAUUGAUUCAAUGGCGCUGGCGCCUGCCCAUUUGGUGCUCCAUGAUUCAGCAUUGGGGCCUGGAGCCAAUUGGGUUUCCAUGAAUCCAGGACUGGUGCAAAGUGUGACAUUUAUCGAUCCUGCUGCAGAAUCUGUGGCAUUUCCUUCAUGGAUGCUCGGACCGCCGGUUGUUGGGGAGCUCCUUCUUGCAUCUCGGUUUACAUUUUCUAGGUUACUCAGAUUGUGCUGCUCGAGGACCAUGGAUGGGUCGGUGGCUGAGGCUUAUAGGUUUCUAUUAAAGGGGAAGGAUGGGAGGAAGUCAGUGGUUGCAGCCGGGAAGGCGCUGAAUUAUAGUUUCGAUUUGGGAGAAUGGGCAGGCACAGAAGUGGUGAAGGACAUGGCAUUUCAGGUUCUCUGGUCCAAUUCUUGGUCGGAUAGAUGGAUUGAUGAAGGCAAGCGAGCUGCUUCUGCCAUUCCGAAAGCAAAAUUUGCUUCCCAUUCUGGUGGGCGAUGGCCCCAGGAGGAUGCAGCAGAAGAAAUAAGUGAAAUGAUUGUUCGGUUUGUAUCGUCACUGCCGAAAUCUGUUAAGCAGAAAAGGGAAGAGCCUCUUCCAGAGCACAUCCAGAAGAUGUUUGAUGAAGCAAGUGAUGGCCACCAUGACCAUCACCACCAGCACCACCACCACCACCACCAUCACCAUCAUGGUCAUGGUCAAGAACAUGCAGCUGGUUAUUUUGAUAUGUAUGGUCUUGGUCAGGGUUGGGGGAGAUGAUAUUCCCUGCCUAUGUGGUGUUUAAAAAGUAUCUUCUGGAAAAGGUUCAUCGCAGGAUGGUUUCCUUACAUAUCCUUGUGAUAAUUUUCUCCGGAGGAUAUUGCUUAUAUCAAAAUGCUUUUAUGCAGCCUCUUAACAAAACGAUAGGGUUGGUCCAGCAACAAAGUUUUAUGCAUCCAGCUUUUGAGAGUGGCGCUUGUCCGUCUGCUUGAGAAGCAGCAGCUUGUGUUGACUGUAUCCUUUGAAAGAUUUUUCUUUUUUGAUAUGACUCCGUACUUUGUAAUCAUCCUUUCUUAAAGACAUUAAAAGUUGUUUUAUUCUUUGCAGCCAAAAACAUGCAUGUUUAUUAAGUCGUGCAACAGAAACUUGUUGGCAUUUGAUGAACCAGCUCAAAUGCCUGUAGGCUUUUGUUGUAGAAUAUAAGGAAUCUAAUAGAACAUGGCUCAUGCUUGUUGUUGAGA